GUGGAGGAGGAAUGCCACGACCAAAGUGAUUGAGUGGUGGCUGUGACGGCGGAGUGCGGUGGAGGCGGCUCUUUCAGGCGUUUCGUCCACGAUCCAUGAUUGUUCCGAUUCGACGGAUUUCCGCCGUGUCAGCUGUUUCUUGGCGAGAGGAGGAAAAAUCCCGUUCGCUGAACGUCAAGCAAGCGACGCGCCCCGACGUUAGCAGUAGUGUGGCGGACUCGCAAUCCAACGACUCAUCCGUGUGUGUGUGUGUGUGUGCUCUGGUCUGGUGUGCUCCCGCGUGCAUUCAAGAAAAAAUGCAGGCGAACAGCAACGGCGCUCCGGCUUCGCCGAGAAAGAAACAGCGGACGUCCACCGUGUCGAAGGUCACGGUAGUCCUCGGCGCGCAAUGGGGCGACGAGGGCAAGGGAAAGGUCGUGGACAUGCUGGCGAUGGAGGCUGACGUCGUCUGCAGAUGUCAGGGAGGAAAUAAUGCAGGGCAUACUGUAGUUGUAGAAGGUGCCGAAUUCGACUUUCACCUUCUGCCUAGUGGAAUAAUCAAUCCCAGAUGCAAAUCCGUAAUAGGCAAUGGAGUAGUGAUUCAUUUACCUGGUCUGUUUGAAGAAUUGGAGAAGAACGAAUCUAAGGGACUUAAGGAUUGGCAGGACAGACUUAUAAUAUCGGAUCGAGCACAUAUAGUGUUUGAUUUUCACCAACAGGUCGAUGGGUUGGAAGAACUAGAAAAGGGCACGCAGUCAUUGGGGACUACAAAGAAAGGUAUAGGACCGGUGUAUUCGGAUAAAGCCGCUAGAGCUGGACUCAGGAUUGGAGAUCUUCUCGGAGACUUUGACAAGUUCUCCCAAAAGUUUAAAACCUUGGUUACAUCGUACCAGAAAAUGUUCCCUGCUCUGCAUGUUGAUGUUAAAGCCGAAUUGGAGCGUUACAAGGUAUACUCUGAACGUAUAAGGCCGUACGUAAGGGAAACGGUACAAUAUUUGCAUCAGGCUUUAAAGGAUGGCAAGAAAGUUUUGGUGGAAGGCGCCAAUGCAACGAUGUUAGAUAUCGAUUUUGGAACUUAUCCAUAUGUAACAAGUUCGAAUUGUAGUAUAGGCGGAGUACUGACAGGUCUCGGUUUACCAUGUAGCACAAUCGGCGAGAUAAUUGGCGUAGUGAAAGCCUAUACUACUAGAGUCGGCGAUGGGCCCUUCCCCACGGAACUUUUUGAUUCUACAGGAGAACUGUUACAAAAAAGAGGCCAUGAGAUCGGCGUGACCACAAAGCGGAAGAGACGAUGUGGAUGGCUCGAUUUACCGCUGUUGAAAUUUACGACUCUAGUUAAUGGAUACACCUCUAUAUGCUUAACAAAGCUUGAUAUUCUGGAUACAUUACCAGAGAUAAAAGUAUGCGUUGGAUAUCGAUUAAAUGGGAAGGACAUAGAUUAUUUGCCGAGUAGUACUUGGGAAUUAGCAAAAGUCGAAACAGUAUAUAAAACAAUCGAAGGUUGGCAAUCCACUACCGAAGGUGUACGUUCCUUGGAUAAAUUGCCACCUAAUGCACAUAAAUACAUACAAAUUAUAGAGGAAUACUUAGAUGUGCCAGUCAAAUGGAUCGGCGUAGGAGCAGGACGAGAAAGCGUAAUCGCUCUCUGACGACACACGAUCCCUAUAAUGUUACUUAAACGUACGGCAUUAAAUGUAUUAUUAAUUUUAAUUCUAUCUGUAACAUUUGCAAUGCAAAGCUGAUGAGCGCACAGGCGACAUAUUGUAAUAAUAAGAUUUCAGCGCGCGAGCGCGCGAUUGUAGUAUUAAUUUUGAAUUUGAGCAAUGUAUAAUUAUAACAACAAUGUGAAUGUUUAGUCAUUUUGUAGUAUGUAACAAAUGAA